CAUUUCUUCUCUGUUCCUCACACUCUUGAGAGCCAGACGACAGAGUGCAGCAUUGCUUUGCUUCGCUGUUGAUCCAUUCUGGAGAGAGAAACACUUUUUCAGUUCUCUCUCUCUCUCUCUAAGAUGGCCGACGAUCCAAUGCCCACGCGCUGGUCUUUCCAGGACUUCAAAUUGUGUUAUGAUGCUAAGUUUGGUAGAAAGAAAGUCGCGGAGAACGGAGAUGAUGCUGCCGGUAAAGCGGUCAGCAAUGGAAAUGGAAAUUCAGUGACAGUGGCCAUUGUGUCCAAUGGCAACAAAAGGGCAUCGGAAAUGGCUGUUUAUGAGCAGUUUCGAAGCGAGGGGCAGAAUCAGAUUCACACAAAUGGCUUUGUGCCGACCCUUACAGAUGAAAGGCCGCAGAAGUCUUUGCUUCCACCCUUUGAAUCUGCGGAAAUGCGAGCUUUAGCAGAGAGCUUAAGUAGGGAUAUCAUUCGUGGAAGUCCAGAUGUGAAGUGGGAAAGCAUCAAGGGGUUAGAGAAUGCCAAACGUUUACUGAAAGAGGCUGUUGUGAUGCCGAUUAAGUAUCCCAAGUACUUCACUGGUCUGUUAUCACCAUGGAAGGGUAUCCUCCUUUUUGGCCCACCGGGGACAGGAAAGACAAUGCUUGCAAAGGCAGUUGCGACAGAGUGCAAUACAACUUUUUUUAAUAUUUCAGCCUCAUCUGUAGUCAGCAAAUGGCGAGGUGAUUCAGAGAAGUUAGUGAAAGUGUUAUUUGAACUUGCAAGGUAUCAUGCACCCUCAACAAUAUUUCUUGACGAAAUUGAUGCAAUCAUUAGUCAACGUGGUGAAGCUCGCAGUGAACACGAAGCUAGUAGACGGUUGAAAACAGAGCUUCUCAUUCAGAUGGAUGGUUUGACAAAGACAGAUGAACUGGUUUUUGUUUUAGCGGCAACAAAUCUUCCCUGGGAACUGGAUGCAGCCAUGCUUCGACGUCUUGAGAAGCGAAUCCUUGUACCACUUCCAGAACCAGUUGCGAGAAGAGCAAUGUUCGAGGAACUCCUUCCUCAACAGCCUGGCGAGGAAUCGAUCCCCUAUGAUAUACUGGAGGAUAAGACAGAAGGAUAUUCGGGAUCGGAUAUCCGAUUACUCUGUAAAGAGACAGCAAUGCAACCCUUAAGACGCUUAAUGUCACAACUUGAGCAGAACCAGGAUGUGGUGCCUGAAGAAGAGUUGCCAAAAGUUGGGCCAAUCAGAUCUGAAGAUAUAGAGACAGCUUUGAGAAACACAAGGCCAUCUGCUCAUCUCCAUGCCCACAAAUAUGACAAGUUCAAUGCUGAUUAUGGUAGUCAAAUACUACAAUGACAAGUUGUAUUUGUUAUUGUAAGGUCUUCCACAAUUUGAUUACUGUUGUAAGACUAGUAAACUUCAAACAUUAUUUUGGUUAUGCAACUUUUUUUUGCAUUCGUUCUUCUCCAUUAUUAGUACUGAGUAUUUUUACAUAUCUAAGUAACAAAUGCUUGUGAUUAUAUUUUUAAAUUCACUCAUUCUUUGCUUUUA